AUGUCUCAGUUCAACUCUACGAGUGGUAUUGUGCCGAUGAUUGGGAAGAUCCACAACAGGGUCGAAGUGCCAAAACAGCUGUUACACCGCAAUACGACGACGGUGAAUCAGAAACUUGGUCUUCCCGGGAUGUUUUCAACGUUUGUGGCGAGGGAUCUACGGAAUAUGAGGAUUUUAGCUCUUACGGCUUCGUCUGCGUCUAUAGUGGCGUGUGCCGUUUCAAUCUUCUUCCUAGUUAACAUAGACAGGAGGAGAAGAGUAUUCAGACAUGAUUUGAUUUUCUUUUUGAUUAUUUGCGACCUGGUGAAGGCACUAGUGCUGAUGAUUUAUCCUUUAGUGAUACUUGUGCGAAAUUCAGUCUAUGCGCAACCUGCGUUUUUCAAUACGUUAGGCUGGUUUACGGCGUAUUGCGUGGAAGGGGCUGAUUUGGCCAUUUUUUUCUUUGCAGUCCACUUUGCGCUGCUGAUCUUCACACCGUCGUGGAAGUGGCGACGUAGAGGAUCAGGCAAAAUAGAGGGUGGCCUUUAUUGUGUGCGGGCAUACAUAUGGCCUAUUACUGCACUGGUUCCCGUUCUUUUAGCCAGCUUGGCGUUCGUUAACUUCGAGUUAAUAGAUGUGAAGACAUUAAUGGAGCAGACGACGGUCGUUCUCGAUAAUGACAACUAUCAUUUCCGUGAUUAUGCAAGAUUGGGGGGCUACAAGCCUUACAGUGCAUGGUGCUACCUUCCACCAUACCCGCUUUGGUACAAGCUAGUGCUAAGUUGGGGACCCAGAUACUUCCUGAUCAUAUUUAUCUUGGUCCUUUACAUUUCGAUUUAUGUGUUUGUUAAACGGGAGAGUAAUAAAAUUAAGAGGCAAUUAUUUGACUUCAAAGAAAUAUCUGGAGAAAGAGAAGCAGCGAAAGCGACUACCAAGAGAGAGUUCAUAAGAUUGCAAUGUAACAGAUUCUUUUACAAACCAAUGAAACGUUUCCUCAUGAAUGUCGUUGGGUUCCUGUCGUUUAGUGUUGAAGAUACCUCAAGUUCGUCUAGAGGAUUGGGAAGCAUGUAUUCAGGAUCUUUCUACACUACUGAUAACAGCACUUCUUCUGAUCAAGUUCCUGAUAAAGUAUCUUUUGACUUCCCAGCCCAGGGGAAUCACAAGCCGCAGCUCUCUCCUGAUUGUGAAAUAUCGAAUGACACCGCAGGGAAGAAGGACAGCUUGGGUCUCCCAGGUAGGAUGGGCACAGUCGGCGAUAUUGAGUCCCGACAGCAAGUCGGAGACGGUACUAACGGCUGCGAAAGUCGGAAUGGGUCUUUUAUAGAACAAUUGGAGCCCACCUACGCUCAUGUGCCACAAGGCAAAAGGAGCUCCUUCAGUGCGCAAUCUCGCCCUCCGGCUCGCACAUACCUCUCACCAAUGCAAUCAUUAUGUGCGCCGCAACGCAGAGAGGCGGAACAAAACGAUCAAGCUGAGGUAAAUUACUCAGGUCAAAAUUAUCAACCUCCAACUGCUAAUGUGAAGGAUGUUCAGGCAUCUUUUCAGAAGCAGACUUACGCAGCAAUGAAAAGACGAAGAGUUCAAAUUCAGAAAAACUUGAGGUCGAUCUUCAUCUACCCAUUCUCCUAUAUCGCCAUUUGGAUCUUUCCUCUCAUUGUGGAUAUCACACAGUACAACUACGAAAUAGUCCAUGGACCAAUAGUUUGGUUAGUUUACAUCGCCACUAUAGCACAACCUCUGAAUGGACUGGUAGAUACUUUAGUGUUUGUCUACAGGGAAAAGCCAUGGAAAUGCUCCUGGAGGGUUGUUCAAACAAAAGAACUAUUGGAUGCUUACUCCCUCAAAGGGGGAUUUAGCGAAAAAGACAUUGCCGAGCUCUAUCAUAGUGACUUAGGAAAGAAAGGCUGGUACUACUGCAGCAGAUUUGACAAAUAUAGUUGCUGGAAGCAUAAACCACAAAGGUGGAAGCGGGCUGCUUGGUAUAUCCACCGGUUUUUUCGCGGUUUUAUUAGGAAUGAUUACAAUUUUGAAGAUCAUUGCGAUGAACUUGCUUCACUUCACAAUGGUUCAGUUGCAGAAGCACACCCUCCAGGUCCCAAUGUCCUGAAAAGCCCAUAUGAUCAACGCGAGAGACAAAUCUCGUUUCCCUCGGACUCUACAGCUGCUUCGGCACCGUUUGCGCAACCCAACCGAAAUGCAGAAUCUAACGAUCACGUCGAAGUAUCUUCCUUCUGGAGGCUCGUUCAUCUAUUUCCCAUGUUACACGGCAUUGAUUUAGAUGAACUUAGCCAAGAAUUACGCCGCAGACCCGAUGAUAACGACUUUAUCCUUCCAGGACUCAAACAAGCUCUUAAUAAGAACUCCGCUGGCGGUCCUAAGAACUUGGAUGAGUUGGCAAAACCUAACUUCAAGCCGGGAUACAGCGUGGACAGGAAUGCAAAAGCAGUUGAGAACGGAGAAGAUAAGUCGUCUGCCCAGGCUCAGCCAAAUUAUGCAAAUUUCACCAUGAGUGCAAAUUUAGACUUUAGCGACGUCGUCAGAGGACAGUCACCGGGUGCUGCAGAGAAAGAUGACAAAAAGAGCGAUGCUGGCUCAAGCGAAGGAGAUGAGAUGGGAAUGCUGGCAUUUUUGAACGAUAUCCCGCACUAA